AUGUCUGAGCGUCUCUACACUAUGUUCACGGGCCCCAACGCCGACAACAACCAACAACUUCUUCUGGAGGGCAAACUCCCCAUCCCUGGUGGCUUGGCUUACCCUACCCAAGCCUUCCUUCGCCACUGUCGACUGCACGACAGUUAUCGGCCUCGUCCUUUCCCCUUGACAGUUGAAGAGCACGUGGACUUUUGGAGUUGCACCCCUGAGAACAAGGGUUCUGAGCCCCACGGCCUCCAUAAUUGCCACUUCAAGGCAGGCGCCCUUUUGGAACUGUUGGCUUCUUGUGAUACGGCGUUUCGGGACCUUCCACUCUGUUCAGGCCAUGUUCCGGAACUCUGGAAAAACCUGAUGAAGUUUGCGAUUGAGAAGAAGCCUUGCGACUUCCGCCCACAAGGGAUGCGGACCUUCCAGCUGUUCAACUCGGAGGCUCAGGCCAACUACAAGAAGGCGGGUCGGGCUGCAAUGAAGAAUGCUGAGGAGGAUGACAUCAUCCCUAAAGGACAGUGUGGGUCACGAAAUUGGUGCGUGGACGUUGCAAGAGUGUCAAACAUCAUGCGCAAUGCAUUCCAAGUAAUUGCCAGACGCAUCAUAGCUAACACUGCAACCCAAUGGACGACCUGA